AUGAAUAUUCAGAUUGCAUAAAUGAGUUUGUAUAAACUGAAAGAUAUUUACUUGUCAAAUGAAUUAAAAGUUUGUGUUAAUUAUGGAUAUGCUUCUUACACUUAGGUUGGUUAGAAAUAUGUUGCAGUUAUCUUUAUGUCAAGUUAAAUCCCAGAUAAAUUAGAUAAAGCAAAGAUAUGGAGAGAGAAAUAUAUUUUGUUAUUUAUAACUCAGAAGUUGUUAGACCACAUAGAAUUCUAUUGCAUGAAAAAAAAUGAAUAAGUGAAUAAAUAUUUUAUGUUUUAUCAAUCAACUUAAGUUUACUUAUUCAAAGUUAUUUAUAAUUUUACUAAAGAUUAUGAAGCCAAUUUCAUUAAAAGACGAUAAAAUAGCCAAAAGUUUACUAAAAUAAAUUCAUUCAAAUACAUAACAAUUCAAUAUAUGCAAUAAUUUAAUUAUUUUGCUCUUCUAAAACUAUAACUGAUUAGUUUUUUGAUUUAAAGUUGCAAAUUCUUUUAAACAAAAAGAAUUUAGUUUAAGUAAAAUUUUCAAACACUCCUUUAUUUUUACGAGAAAUAUUUUGACAAUAUCCAAUAUGGUUUAUACUAAAUCUCUUUGUAUACUAUUAAAUCAAUAUUAACAUUAAUUAAUAUUUUAAUAUUAAGUUGA